GGCAUGCAGAGGAUUGUGUCUCGGAGCGGCGCCAUUUUGGGACGAGGCGGUCAAGGGGAGCUGCCUCCGGCGUGGCGACGGUGGCUGCUGUGGUUGUUGUUGUUGUUGUUGCGUGGGAGUGGCGGGGCUGGCAAUUUGCGUUACGGAGUCCUGGAUAUUUGGAGCCUUUUGCUGCAGCUGGUAGGGAGGAAAAAAAGGGGGAACCGUCCUGCACCAGUUGUUUCUUGUGAAAGGGGAGAAAAAUCGGACACUGAUCUGGGAUUAUUUGUCCAAGUGCUUCCUCCUGAAAAGGCUUCUGGAACAAUCAUUAGGCAUCCAAGAAGUGAAUUGGAAGUUGAAGUCAUGAGCUUUUUCUUUCUAUCAGUGUAGAGCACCUCACCCUCGGAUGCUUUUGUCUACCUGGCAUGGAUACACAGCUAAAUGUAUCAAGUUCUGAAUACUUCACCUGCCAAAAUAAAAUGGUGGUUUGCAUUUAGUUAUUUUUUUCUUCCAUGUGCAUUCUGUCUGAGUCACAGGCAUAACCAGUUUUGUUAAUUGGCUCCAGGUUAAAUGCAGCCUGAGUUACUGUGUAGAUGUUGCUGAAAAGUUUAAUGACAGAUAUUUUUACCCUUAUUUUUUACAUUUUUUGAUAUAACCUACUGUAAUUUUGCAAUGAGACCUACUUUCUAAAUGAAGUGUCUGAUAAAAAGUUAUUUAUAAUUUUGUCUUUUAUAUUUUAUUUAAUAUUUUUAGUGAAAAAUGUCGUUGCCAAUAAGCAAUACAGUGGUAUCCAGAUAGCUGUUGUUUACAAGUGCCUGUGUUACCUGAAGGUAGGAAAUGUUCCUCAGUUCAGAUGUGGAAUUUGGAUUUUUGGUUUCACAGGCUGUGGUGUAAAAAGUGUAUUUGUUUCACCUGUAGCUGAUGCUCCUUAUAGUGAAAUGUACAUAGAAUAGACAAGCGAAGAAACUGUCAGAGGAAAAAAAAAGCUUCUUAAGGCAGAGACUUGGCAAAUUUUGGAAAUAGCCUCACAGAAUCUGUAAACAGGAAGGAUGGGUAACUGAUUUCUGUGAGGUCAAAUCUAUGUCAAACAGCUACAAAUGUAGUAUUGAUAAGAACUCCGGAUGUUAUCUUGAGGAAAACAAACUGGAAAAAUAUAAGUCACACAAUACUAAUACAUUGUGCAGCCCUCUUGGAUUAGGUUUGCUUUCAGCUGAAUUACUACUGCUUUGAAGAAAAUUAAGAUGGACAGAACAACUUAAUUCAGAAGUCAGAGGGACUUGCCAUGAGGUGCUGAAGCCUUGUUUCAUUUGAUUCAGAGAGACUGGACCUAAAUGGCGCAGCAUGACUUUGCUCCAGCCUGGCUUAAUUUUUCUACUCCACCAUCAACAAAGUCAUCACUGAACUUUGAGAAACAUUCUGAAAAUUUUCUGUGGACAGUCAGUCAUUAUGAAGCAAAUCGCAGAAGACACAACUCUUCAGAUGGGUUUGAUCCUAACAUUGGAUGGCCUAACGGAGGGCAUUUUGGGAGAAAAGAGAAGAAUGGUUGGCGUUCACAAGGCAGAGAUGGUACAGAAAAUAUAAACCAUCUUGGGGGAUACCAUGGCAGAGGUUCCCGCACUUGUACCAGCACUUUCCACUGUGGACAAGGCCAAGGACUGCAUGAAAGCAAUGUAUGUGAUAAUGAAACUGGGAAAAAGGAAGACAAGGAAGUAACCAAACAGUUUGAGGCUGAGGAUUUUCCAUCUUUGAAUCCUGAAUACGAGAGCACACCAAACCAGAAUAAUUCUUUAGCUGCAGGUGCUUGGGAUUACCCUUUGAAUCCUAAAUCUAGAUCUCCGAGAAUGCUGGUCAUUAAAAAGAGCAGUACAAAAGAACUGCAGAUACCUGGAUUCCCUAUAGUAGGAAGUCUUCAUUCACAGACAGUAAAGAAUGGAACUGGCACAAGUGUUUAUAAAGGAUUAAUCCCUAAACCUGCUACUUCACCCACAAAGUGGAAAAGCCAAGCAAAAGAAAAUAAACUUUGGAAUCCAUUUUCUCAUGAAUCUGCAUAUGGUAUUGGCAAUUUCAGUCCUCUCAAAUCAACUGCCAAGGCAUUUACUGUAUCACAGAAUUCAAUAAAAGAGUGUAAUUGGUCAAAUUUAUCACCCCCUAUUGACAAAGUUGGUCAGCCUCGUUUAACAAAAUUGACAAGAAUGCGGAAUGAUAAGAGUGAAUUUUUGAAAGCAUUGAAACAAGAUAGAGUGGAAGAGGAACGUGAAGACAAGAAUCAUGUUGGGCAAGAGAAGGAUGAUGAGUCCUUUAACUUACACAACAGCAUCAGUCCUCAUCAUGCAAGAGAUAUAAACAGAAACUUUGAAAAUGAAAUUCCGCAAGAGAAUGGCAAUGCUCAACAGAUCAUUCAAUCUUCAGCAUUCCCUCAGGCAGAUGUUCUUUCAAGCUCACUUGAGGCAGAGCAUAGGUUGUUAAAGGAGAUGGGCUGGCAGGAAGACAGUGAAAAUGAUGAAACAUGUGCUCCACUAACAGAGGAUGAGAUGAGGGAAUUUCAAAUCAUUAGUGAACAGUUACAAAAAAAUGGCCUUCGGAAAAAUGGCAUUUUGAAAAAUGGCUUAAUCUGUGAUUUUAAAUUUAGCCCCUGGAAAAACAGCACUUUCAAACCUGCUCUGGAGAAUGAGGAUUCAGAGACAAGCAGCAGUGAUACAUCAGAUGAUGAUGAUGUGUGAAGAUUUUUGUAACAUCUGUAGAAGCUUGUUUUGAUCCCAUGAAAAUUUGGGGAUCUCUUGUUUGGAAAAAAAUUUCUAAUUGAUGUAGUAACAUGCCCCAUUAGAGAAGAAAGCAAGAAAUGUUGUGUUGAACAUUACUGUAAUUUCUUUGUGAAAAAAUGUAGAAUGAGGACUUCGGUUGACCCAACAUUGACUGAUUUCAUCACUGCAGCAUUUCUGAGUAGCAAUGUGACAGUGUAAUAAAUCAGACUUUCUCAAAAAUAAAAACAAAAGGAAUUGUGUAACAUUU